AUGAUAUUGGAAGUUCCUCAGACAAUCCGAACAGCUUUCCACUUGUGCGCGAGGCACAAUCACAGCCACACUACCGCACGUGAGAUGAGUCGAGCAGCUCUGCCAUACGCAGUCUAAUCAAGCUUCACCUGGACCCACGUCAACAAACCUUGGGAUUUCGUAUACAGCCUCAGUGUAAAUCUUGGCCAGUUAAUGCCCGUGUCGGUACUAGCGUACGAACAUUUGAUUGGCCAGAUGUUCGUUGUAUGAAUUGCUCUUUUUGGAGUGUUGGCAGCAAGAACAUAGUGACCAUGCAGGAAACAGGUUAUAAGUACAGAUGAUCGUGGUCAAAGAACAGAUUCAUCAUCAACAUAGAAGUUCAGCAUAACCAUCAUGGCAGCAGAUGGAAGACCUGUCGAAGGUAGCCUUUACUUCUAUACACCCACCAAGGCCGUACCUCCCAUGUUCGCAGCAUGGUUUCUCGUCGCAGCCAUUGCCCAUAUUUGGCAAUGCAUCAAGUACAGAUCCUGGAAGAUUACCGCAUUGCAUCCAUUUUGCGCCCUCAUGUUCACAGCUGGCUUCGCACUUCGGGCAUACGAUGCUUGGCACUACGACAAUAUUGACACGUACAUCGCGAGUACACUGCUGAUAUACUGUGCUCCUCCACUUCUCGAAUUGGCCAACUACCAUGUUCUUGGUCGCAUUCUCUACUACGUCCCUUACUUCGCCCCACUGCACCCAGGGCGCACCCUCACGACCUUCGGCUUUCUCUCUGCCAUAGUGGAAGUCAUGAACGCUCUCGGUGUGUCGUACCUUAUGACUCCAACGGUCGGCGAAAGCAAGCAAAAGCUUGGCCAUGCCCUGAUGAAAGCUUCCCUCAUCUGUCAAUUAGCCGUCAUCUCUAUGUUCUGUAUCAUUGCUGGCAUCUUCCACAGACGCUGCACUAAAGCUGGGAUCAAAUCUCGAAAAGUCCAAGGACCACUCUGGACGAUGUACAUCAGCAUGACACUCAUCCUCAUCCGCACCGUCUACCGCAUCGUCGAGCACUUUGGCACCAGUCAGAUCCCCGCAAGUCCACGACCAAACUGGGACCCGAUGUCUCUAUCACCGCUUGUACGAUACGAGUGGUUCUUCUGGGUCUUCGAAGCGAGCUUUAUGCUCAUCAACACGCUAUUAUGGAACUGCAGACAUCCGAGGCGCUAUCUGCCGGAGGACUAUCAUGUCUAUCUUGCGCAGGAUGGGCAAACGGAGCUCAAGGGGCUGGGCUGGAAGGAUGAGAUGCCGUGGUUCAUGACGUUCCUUGAUCCUUGUGGUCUUACAGCGGUGUUGACGGGUAGUGGGCGGAAGAAAGAGAAGCCGUUCUGGGAGACAAACGGGUUUGAGAACGUUCCGCUUGUCAAGUUUGAAACUGGAGAGGGUGCGAAGACUUCGAAUGCGCUUAAUGGCAUGUCUGUCUGAUUUUGUCUUCACGACUCUGUUGUCAAUUAUAGCAUGGCGUUUAUAGAUGGGUAGCCCCCAUUUAGUAUCGUGUUCAAUUGUUUCUUCAUA